AAUCCACUCCCAAUACUGUUUUGAUAUUAGUUUACUGUUAGUGUUAUCUUGUAUUUUACUUUAACCAAGGAAUAAAACGUCCUUUUUCAUUCUAUUUCUAGUUUAUCAUAAUUCAAAAUAAAUAAAAAUGGAUGAAGAACAUGAGACGAACGGUUCACCAAGUGCUGAAAUGAAAAAUCAACGAGAUGAUAGAUCCAGAUCUCCAGUUGAACAACUACAGAAGGAACGAGGAAGCAGAGGACGAGGUCGUAACGACAGCAGAUACUCAAGAGGACAAAACAACCGCCGGGUGUACGUUGCAAACAUUCCGUACGACUCAAAGUGGACUGAAAUUAAAGAUCUUUUCAGGAGAGAAGUUGCUGAAGUAAAUUAUGUAGAAUUGUUUCAAGAUGAAAGUGGAAAGUUUCGAGGUUGUGGAGUUGUGGAGAUGAAAGAUCAGGCAUCAGUUCAAAAAGCAGUUGAAAUCUUGCAUAGAUAUGAAUACAAAGGCAGAAGUUUGGUUGUUAAAGAGGUAAAACACUUAGAAAGCUAUGUAUUUAUGUUUGACACAAACAAAGCUUUUAACAUAGCAAAUGUAGGAGCCCCAUCAGCAGUAACUGGUGGAUCCAAUGUGAUGGGAAUGACAGGGGCUUCAACAGGUGGACUAGGAGUUAUGGCAGGAGGGACAAAUAACUUGGGGAUGGGGGGAGGUAAUAUGAGUAAUAUGAAUACAAUGAUGUCAAUGAAUAAUAUGAGUGCCUUGGGUUCUGUAGCUGGAAUGGGAUUGAACACAGCAAUGGUGAAUAAUAUGGGUAUGAAUACAGUCAUGGGUACGGGUUUCACUGGUAACAUGGGUGCUGCUGGACUUGGGUUAGGAACUGUCGGUAACAACAUGGGACUAACUAAUACAAACAACAUGAUGGCAGCCAUGGGAAGUGGAGCAGUGGGUCUUGGAACAGCUCUAGGGCUUGGCACUGGAAUGACCAAUACAGGUGGAGGAGCAUUUGGGGACAUGAACCGUUUGGGUUUCAACCAAUCAACACGAAGCUCAGACACAGUAAUGGUAAAAAAUCUUCCAUCAUCUUACACGUGGCAAACACUACGGGAUCGAUUCAGGGAUGUUGGAGAUGUCCGUUUUGCUGAAUUGAAAGGACACGGCACUGGACUAAUCAGGUUUAGUGCAGAACGACAUGCUCAGCGAGCUGUUGAUUUAAUGAAUGGAAUUCGUAUUGAUGGUCGGCAAAUUGAGGUUCGCUUGUACUGAUGUUUUAUCACAUAUUUCAGUAGUUUCAAAAUGCCAGGUGUAACAUCUUCUUGUGUAUUUUUUAUUAGUGGAAUCAUCUGUGUGUGUUUUCUGUAUUUGUUCUAUCUCUUUCAAACAAAAGAGCAGGCUUUUCUUUUUGACGUGCAGUUCGUAGCCUUUGUUUGGCACAGCUUAUAAAGCAUGACUUUCAGAGGAAGAUAAGAAGAUUGUAGAACAGUGAAUUUUGUUCUGUAUCUUGAAACCUUGUUUUAUUAGGAACUUUGGACAGUGUGUUAUUGGUAUGGAGUGUAUUGUCACGGCUCUCACAGUAUCGUAGAACAACUGAACUAUUAGUAGUUUGAGUAAUUUUCAGAAUUUUGUGAAAGUGUUUUUCUGUUGUCAAAUUUCAAUUUUGAAUUUGAGCUGUCAGUUUGUAAAGGUCAUAUCUGUUUGUAGUUUUAAGGUGUCUGUUCUCAGCAGAUAAAUACUGAAGAGAUCUCUCAGCACUGGUACAGAUCUUGUGAAAAACCAUUAAAACUUGUUUUUCUACUGCGAGAUGUUUAUCAAAUUGUUUUGUUGUGAAAUUACCCAAAUAAUUGUUUCUUUAAUUUUUUUGGCUCCAGUUUUGGAACUUUUGUUAUGAAAUCUUGAAAGGUAUUUUUUUUUUUUAAUUUCAUAUGUUGCUUCAUUGUGUAUGACUUUGUAUUGAAAAGUUUCUGGCAUAUUUCAGUGAUACUUUGGAAUUCUCCAGAACUGUUCGUUUCAAAUAAAAUACUAGUCAUUGUACAAA